AAAUAUCAAACUGAUAGCUAACUUUCGAUUUAAGCAUAGUAUCAAUUUAAAGUUCAUUACAGAACCUAGUUUAAAGCGAAAUAAGAACUUACAUUCACAUAUUUACAUUAAGAAAAAGCAUAAGAUUCACCGCAUUACUGAUAUGUACUUCACAGUAAUGAAAAACUGUACCGCCCUUGCGUUAAACAUCUCAGUUACUUUCCGUGAAAAACAUCAAAAUUUUCGAUGGUCACGAACAAGGCUUGUAAAAACAUACUGUUAAGAUGCGCGCAAAGAAAAUAUUGGAAUGUCAAAAAUUGUGUUGGAAGGAUAUUUUAGAAAAUCAUGCGAGGUUUCCUUCGGGGCCAUGAAUUUGAAUGAAUUGACGAUUAUACAACUUGAAAUGUAAGGUUUUCUCUGUUUAGAGUCACUCUCAUUAUCAUGAUGAAGGGAGGCAAAAAGAAAUCGAAGCAAAACGGAGGGAAUCAAUGGCACGUGGUCUUCCAAAACAGAAACCUUUGAAAGGAGUCAAGCAAAUUAUUGUUGUUUCUUCUGCAAAGGGUGGCGUCGGAAAAUCUACAACUGCAGUAAAUUUAGCAACUGCCUUAAAAGUUAUUGAACCACAGAAGUCUAUUGGUUUACUAGAUGCCGAUAUAUUUGGUCCUUCUAUACCUCUAAUGAUGAACAUAAAACAGUCUCCUAUAAUUAACAACAGUAAUCUUAUGGAACCAGUUGUAAAUUAUGGAGUAAAAUGCAUGUCUAUGGGUUUUCUAAUUGAUGAUAAAUCUCCUGUAAUAUGGAGAGGAUUAAUGGUAAUGAGUGCGAUUCAAAAAUUAUUGUAUCAAGUAGCAUGGGAUCCUUUGGACUAUCUUGUUAUCGAUACUCCACCAGGAACAGGAGAUACACACCUUUCAUUAAUACAGAAUAUUCCUGUAACCGGAGCAUUGUUGAUAACUACACCUCAGAAAGCUGCUUUAGAAGUAUCCAGAAGAGGACUUAACAUGUUUAAACAGUUGGAUAUUCCAAUAAUUGGAAUUGUUGAAAAUAUGAGCAGCAUUAUAUGUCCUAAAUGCGACAAUGAAAUAGCUCUUUAUGAUGAUGGGGUGAAAACUAUGGCUUCUGAACUUGGUGUGCGAGUCUUACAAUCAAUACCUGUAUCUAAAGAUAUUGCACAAAGUUGUGACAUUGGUAAACCAAUUGUGUUAUCUGUUCCAGAAAGUAUUCAAGCCUGUGCAUACAAAGACUUGGCAAAAUGCAUAAUUUCGUUUCUGACUAAUGAAUCGUUCUCAGAUGCAAUUUACAAGAUGGACAACUCAAUAUCUACAAGCAUCCAUUCUGAUGUAAAUGCUGAAGUCUAUGAUGUGCCAAUGGAAGUAAUUAUCAGACCUAUUCCUCCCAUAGUGGAUGAAGAGAAGGUUCAAAGUCUAAUGAACACUUUAGAAUGUCCAAAGACGGAAUCGUCUGUACCACCAAUCGAUGUUCUGUGGAUCAAAGGUAGCGAAGGUGGUAAUUAUUAUUACUCCUUUGGUGGAUGCCAUCGAUAUACAGCUCACCAGAGACUUGGAAAAUCGUUCAUUAAGGCAAAAUUAAUACAAUCAACGAUAAUAGAUUUGAAAACGUAUCUUGGUGCCUCAACACCAAACUUAAAAUAAUUUAUAAUAUAUUUUACUAUUUUUUAAAAAUGCUCUGCACUAUAUUGUAAAUAUAAGACAAAUUAAUUUUGUAUCAGUUUUAGUACCGUUAUUAGUAUCGGUAUCAAUUGUAACAAGAAUUCAUUUUAUGAAACUCAAAUAAGUUGUACGCAAAGUUAUACAAAGAUUCAUUUUUAUAUAUAAAUGUGAAAAUGUACGUGCUAAUUAUGUAUUUCUAUGUAAGUGCAAAAAUGGAAAGAUCUAAAUAAAAACUUAUCACAGCAUACCACUUACAGUUAAA